AUGAAGACCCUUCUCAGGCAGAAUAGAACUGAAGCAACUGAAUUUAUUCUUUUGGGAUUAGUCAGUCGGCCAGAACUACAGCCAGUCCUCUUUGUGCUAUUUCUGUUCAUCUACUUGACCACUCUGACUGGCAAUUUUGGGAUGAUCAUACUGAUUAGACUCACUCCACGACUUCAAACUCCCAUGUAUUUUUUCCUCACCCACUUGGCACUUGUUGAUCUUUUUUAUUCUACUAAUGUUUCUCCUCAGAUGCUAAUUAACUUCUUAUCAGAGAAGAAAACUAUUUCCUAUAUUGGUUGUUUGACUCAGUGUUUCAUUUUUGUGACCUUACUUCUUACUGAGUAUUAUAUGCUUGGUGCCAUGGCCUAUGAUCGUUAUGUGGCCAUAUGUCAACCUCUGCAUUACAGUAUCAAGAUGUCCAAGCCUGUUUGUAUCUGCUUAGUCACCUUUCCUUACUUGUGGGGUUCCCUUGUAGGAACAAUGCAAGUUAUCUUGACAUCUCGACUCUCCUUCUGUGGACCUAAUACCAUAAAUCAUUUCUAUUGUGCUGAUCCACCCCUUUUAAUGUUGACUUGCUCUGACACCUACAUAAAGCAAACUGCCCUGUUUGUGUCUGCAGGAUUAAACCUCACAGGAUCCUUGCUCAUCAUCCUUACCUCCUACGUAUUCAUUUUUGCCACUAUCUUUCGCAUGAAGUCCACUGAGGGGCAGCGCAAGGCUUUCUCAACCUGUGGCUCCCAUCUGAUGGCUGUCACUAUGUUUUAUGGGUCCCUUUUCUGCAUGUACUUAAGGCCAGCCACUGAGAGUUCUGUAGAGCAAGGGAAAAUUGUCGCUGUGUUUUGUAUCUUUGUAAGUCCCAUGUUAAACCCAUUUAUUUAUAGCUUGAGGAACAAGGAUGUAAAGCAGGCUUUGAGGAAGAUGGUCAAAAGAAAUCUUGGCAAAACAGAAAAAGUUGAAGUUCAAAUUAUUUCUCAAUAA